CAGUCUUCGUUACAAAAUCGUGCAAGUACACGAGGCAUACAUAAGCGGAUCAGCCAGAUAUUCUUCCACCGAUUCGUAAGCAAGAAGAGAAAUCAUCAUGUAUAUCUUACCAUUAAUACUCUUGAACCUCUUCUUGGGUCUAAAUGCCCACUUCUAUUCGGCGGGACUAGCCGGUGCGGGAUUAGCUGGUGCCGGACUAGCUGGCGCAGGACAGGCUUUCGCGGGACAGGCUGCAGCUAAACAAGCUGCUGCUGGAUUCGCUGGAGCGGGACUUGCUGGCGCAGGAGUCGCUGGCGCAGGAUUUGCUGGCGCGGGACUCGCUGGCACAGGACUCGCUGGCGCAGGACAGGCCUUUGCAGGAGCAACCGCUGCUGGACAAAUUGCCGCUGCACAAGCCUUUGCGGGAUUAACUGCAGCAGAGCAACAUGCUGCACAGGUUGUUGCUGGACAAAUUGCCACUGGUCAAGCUUUCGCAGGACAAACUGCUGCUGGUCAAGCAGCUGCUGGACAAACUGCUGCUGGACAAGUGGCUGCACAAAUUGCCGCUGAACAGAUCGCCGCUGGACAAGUUGUCGCUGGACAGAUUGCCGCAGGACAGGUAGCCGCUGGACAAGCUGCUGCACAGAUUGCCGCUGCACAGAAUGCUGCCGCACAGAUUGCCGCUGCACAGACUGCCGCUGGACAGGCUGGUGCAGGACUAUCCGCCGUUGAACAAGCUGCUGCACAAGUUGCCGCUGCACAGGUUGCCGCUGCACACGCUUUUGUCGGACUAACUGCUGCUGAACAAGUUGCUGCACAAAUUGCCGCUGGACAGAUUGCCGCUGGACAGGUUGCCGCUGGACAAGCCUUUGCGGGAGCAUCCGUUGCUGGACAAACUGCUGCUGGACAAGCUGCUGCUGCACAAACUGUAGCUGCACAGAUUGCCGCUGGACAAGUUGCUGCUGGACAGGCCUUUGCAGGAUUAACUGCCGCUGAACAAGCUGCUGUCCAGGCUGCUGCUGGACAAGUUGUUGCAGGUCAGACUGCCGCGGGAUUAACUGCCGUUAAACAAGCUGCUGCACAGAUUGCCGCUGCAAAGAUUGCCGCUGGACAGGCCAUGGCUGGAUUAUCGGCCACCGAACAAGCUGCUGCACAAAUUGCUGCUGGACAGAUUGCCGCUGCACAGGUUGCAGGACAAGCAUUUGCGGGAGUAGCUGGUGCUGGACAUGCCAGACAAGUUAGACACGCUGGACAAGCUGGAAAAGCUGCCGCUGGACAAGCUGUUGCUGGACAAGUUGCCGCUAGCCAAGCUGCCGCUGGACAAGCUGCCGCUGGACAAGUUGCCGCUGGACAUGCUGCUGCUGGAAAAGCUGCUGCCGGACAAGCUACCGCUGGACAUAUUGCCGCUGGGCAGGCUGCUGCUGCAAGAAAAGCUAGACACGUUGCUGGACUUGCUGGCGCGGGAGUCGCUAAUGUAGGAUUCGCUGGACAGGUAGCCUUUGGACAAGCUGCCGCAGGACACGCUGCUGCUAGACAGGUUAUCGCUGGACAGAUUGCUGCUGAACAGGCUUUUGCAGGACUAUCUGCUGCUGAACAAGCUGCUGCACAGAAUGCCGCUGGACAAGUUGCUGCUGGACAGUCUUUCGCAGGAGUAGCUGCUGCUGAACAAGUUGCUGCACAGAUUGCCGCUGAACAGGUUGCCGCGGGACAGGCUGCUGCUGGACAGAUUGCUGCUGGACAGAUGUCCGCUGGACAAGCUGCUGCACAAAUUGCCGCUGCACAGACUGCCGCUGCACAGACUGCCGCUGGACUCUCUGCUGUUGAACAAGCUGCUGCACAGAUUGCCGCUGGACAGGUUGCUGCUGGACAAGCCAUGGCUGGAUUAACUGUCGCUGAACAAUGUGCUGCAGAGAUGGCCGCUGCACAAAUUGCCACUCAACAAAUUACCGCUGGACAGGCUUUUGCUGGACAAGCUGCUGCUGCACAAGUUGUCGCUGGACAAGUUGCUGCUGGACAGAUGGCCGCUGCACAAGCUUUCGCAGGACUAUCUGCCGCUGAACAAGCUGCUGCACAGAAAGCCGCUGGACAGGUUGCCGCUGGACAGGCGGCCGCUGGACUAACUGCCGUUAAACAAGCUGCUGCACAGGUUGCCGCUGCAAAAAUUGCCGCUGGACAAGCUUUGGUAGGAAUGACUGCCGCUGAACAAGCUGCUGCACAGAUUGCUGCUGCACAAAUUGCUGCUGGACAGGUAGCCAGUGGACAGUCAGCAGCAGGAGCAUUUGCGGGAGUAGCUGGACAUGCCAGACAUGUUAGACACGCUGGAAAUGCUGGAAAAGCUGCCGCUGGACAAGCUGCCGCUGGACAGGCUGCCGCUGGACAGGCUGCCGCUGGACAGGCUGCCGCUGGACAUGUUGCCGCUGGACAAACUGCCGCUGGACAAACUGCCGCUGGACAAACUGCCGCUGGACAAGCUGCUGCUGCAUAUGCUGGUGCGAGAAAAGCUAGACACGUUGCAGGAGUUGCUGGCGCGGGAUUUGCUGGACAGGCUGCCUAUGGACAGGCUGCCGCAGGAUUUGCUGGUGUAGGACUUGCUAGUGCCGGACAUGCUGCUGCUGCACAAGCUGCUGCUAGACAAGCUGCUGCUGCACAGGCUGCCUAUGGACAGGCUGGCGUUGGAUUCGCUGGUGCCGGACAUGGUGCUGCUGCACAAGCUGCCGCUAGACAAGCUGCCGCUGCACAGGCUGCCUAUGGACAGGCUGGCGCUGGAUUUGCUGGUGCAGGACUCGCUGGUGCGGGACUAGCUGUUGCCGGACAUGCUGCUGCUGCACAAGCUGCCGCUGCACAGGCUGCCUAUGGACAGGCUGAUGCUGGAUUCGCUGGUGCGGGACUCGCUGGUGCCGGACAUACUGCUGCUGCACAAGCUGCCGCCAGACAAGCUGCCGCUGCACAGGCUGCCUAUGGACAGGCUGGUGCUGGAUUCGCUGGUGCGGGACUCGCUGGUGCCGGACAUGCUGCUGCUGCAAAAGCUGCCGCUGCACAGGCUGCCUUUGGAAAAGCUGGCGCGGGAAUGGCUGGUGCAUUCAGGACUGCCGCAGGAAGAGCUGGUGCAUUAGCAGUAGCUGCCUAAAAGCAAACAGAGGUCAACGUUGUUAUCUGGAGAUAACUAACGACAACGCAUGCACAAGACAAGAUCGGUCCUUUAGAAAUUAUUAACUGAGUUACAGAAUCUUUGUUUUCUAUUUAAUGUGUACCCGCAUGUUUAUUUACAUUUUACAUUUACUCCCGCAAGACUACAUUUCUUAUUGUUGGCUACAACUAUAAUCUAUUUAUGAUUAAUAUAUUGUAUUAUAGUCCUGUAUACAUUCCUUAUCGAAUGUAUUAUUUAAAUGAUACGUGCCAUAAUAAUUCAUCUUCGAGAGAAAUGUAGCUGUGAUUUUACUUUAAUAAUAAAAUAAAGAAUUUUUUGUUAGUAUUUAAAA